UAUGAUUCAGUCUUGAUUCGAUGACGAAUGAAAAGUGAAACAAACAAACAAACAAAUAAAAAUCCCCAUCAAAUAGAUUGAAAUUUUAUGAUAGCGAUGUGAUGUUGAUCAUCAUUACAUUGGGAGGGGGCGGGGGUGGAAAUUUACAAGAAUGUGAACAGCCAUAUCAUGGUGACUGGAUGAUGAUUACCUGGAGAGGAGCAUGUGUGUCCACAGGAAUAGUUUCAGGCUCUUUUAUCAUUGGUCAUAACGAUGACCUCGAUGUGCAAUUUGACGAAACAGAAAAAAAAAUUGAGAACCAAAGAGAAAGCGACCUAAAAAAAACCUAUCACAUAGUGAUAGUGAUGAUGACAAACAGAAUUUUUUUUUGAUUUCAUUUAGUUUCGAUUUCCGUUGGAGAAUAACUUAAUCAAAAUGAUCCAUUCAAAAUUUUUGUUGUUGUUGUUGUUCAUCAUAUUAAAAAACGGAACUUGAUCGAAUUUGGAUCAAUUUCAAUUUUUUUUUCUUUUUUUUUGUUAUAUCCAUCCAUUUUAACAUCAUCAAACGGUUGAUGUGUAAAUAGGUGAGUCAAAUCUUGUUUUCGUUUUCGCGCUUUUUGUUCACUCAUUGUGUUGUGGAUUUUUACGUUCUUUCAUCAGCGUAACAAAAAUUGUCAGAAUUUCAAUUUUUUUUGCUUGUUUGUUUUGAAAUGGUUAUAAAUAUUGAAGAUAUGGACACAUUAACUGAUAAAGUUGAUCAUCAUGCUGUUCGAAUCAAUGGAGCUAUGAUGAAUAAUUUUCAGAAUUCAUUGGCCAUUAUUAUGGGUUUCGUUCAACGACUUGAAGGUGAAAAUAAACGAAUCGUCAUCAAAACUACUGAUGGUGUAUACGUACAGGUUAUGUUGCUUCAACCGCUCACCUUUAUACUUGAACCGGAACAAUUGAUCGAAGCAUACGGUAUUGUACGUGGUGGUAGUAAAUUUGAAUGUCAAAGUUUUACACAUUUUGAUCGUGAUGAAUCAAAAGAAUUUAAUUGUGAAAUAUAUAAUCAAUUUAUCCAAGUGUGUAUUACACAUAAAAAUCUAUUCUGUACCGAUAAUGCUAUUGCCGAUCAACAACAUUCUGAAUCAUUAUUACAAACAGUAAAUAAUGAUUUUGAUUUCAAAACUGAAAAUGAUCAACAUGAUCAAUCGAUUAAUGAUACUUUUAAUAGCUUUGAAUACUGAUGAUGAUGUGAUGUUGGUGAUGAUGAUGAUUUGUUAAUUUUCAAUUACCAUUCAAUCAUUUA